CACUUUUCAGUACAUAAAUCACAAUAACACACUUUGGUAUAAUAAAUUAAUGUUGCAUUUAUUGAAAACUGGAGUCCAGACAUUGCAUUCCUAUUCCAGUCUGCUUCCAUUUCUAUUUUGGUGUACCCCUCCCUGCCUCUUUUUUCCACCUACCCUGACUCCUACUUGAACGGCCCAGAGGGAAGGAGAAAGCAUGAGAUCUGCGAGGCUUCGGAUCUCAUUCAUACCAAGGAGGUGACAUCUGUUCCUGGCAGCAGGAAAAGGUGUGCGCAGUCCACGUGACCCGGCCACCCAAGCAUCAUUCUGUACUACGGGUGGAUCAUGUGACCCGUCUACCUAUUGAUCUCCCCCCCAGGAUGCCAAAUAAGGGGUGCAAAACUCAACUCCUUCGGCUAGAACAACAUCAGCAGCAGCUAGAGGAGAUUGAACAGCGGCGGGAGCAACAUAGCAGAAUAGCUGAAAGACAACUACAGCAAACAAAGGUUGAGAAGAAGGAGGAGAAAAACAGAAAGGAGGAAGGAAUUGAACAGGAGAACCAGAAGAAGAAAGAAAAGGAGCUAGAGGAACAGAGGAGAGAUCUGCUCCACUUGCAAAUUCAACAGCAACAGGAGGAGCUGAAGCAAAGGCAGCAGAUCAUGCAGUGGCAACUAGAGCUGGAACAACAGCAACAACAAGGUAGGCACCCAAACGGCCACCAGAAGAAUUUACCUACAGUUUCUAUGUCGCCUUCUGGCCUUUGCACUAUCUAUGAGGCACUAGAGACCAGUGAUGCAGAGGAGGACUUUGAGGAAAAAAAUGAAGAGCAAGAAAUAGUGUUGAAAGUAAAGGUGGAGCAUGAAUGCUCCUUUGAAGAGAGAAAUAGCAACACAGAGGUAGGCUCCAGUUCAGGUAACCUAGAUUUUUCACAAUCACAGAGCACACCUCAAUCUCUUAAUCCUGCAAAGGACCACAAAGGCUUAACACUCUCUGUGGCCUUCGAAUGUCCUCUUCUUUCUGGAUCUACCUCUCCCAAUCAGCCUUCUCCUAUAGAGUUUGACUGGAGCAAGAAAGCCGAUAUUGUCCAGCAGCUGAUAAGCCAGACGUUAUUGCUAAAUGGGGACAACUGCUCCCCACUUUUGCUCUUCCCUGGUGGGGCAGCUGGGACACUGAGCCCUCUAGAGGCAAGUCUGUGGCCGAACCUGCCCCCACUUACUCCACCUUCUGCCACAGUGACUUCUGUUAGCAGCUUCUCAGCUGAGGUUUCUGGCAGUUCUCCACAAGGAGAGUGGACAGUAGUGGAGCUAGAGACUCAUCAUUAAGGACUAAUGUUGAGGCAGGCAGGCUAAAAGGGGAAAAGUUAGACAUAAGAAGCAUCUAGCAGAUUCUGAUUUUGAACAAAUUUCUUUAAAAAAAAAAUUUCUUAAUUUUAACAGAACCAUCAAUUUAAUCAUAUGAUAUAAAAACAGUUAGUGUUGGUCACUGAUGCUAUUAUUUCCUCCCUUGUCUGAUCCACCAAGUCCAAUUGCAUAACCACGAAUUGACUGCACUGACUCCAACACUGUUAUGGGAAUUUAUUUUGUACACUUUGCUGCUUCAGCCAGUCAGUCAUGCCACAUCACACCAGCUCUGAGUCAGCGAUCCAUUUAUAGCUUUUUUUUUUUUUUUUUUUUUUUGCAACUAUCUGGCUGUCUUUCCCUUAUACACAUCAUCAUUUAGCUGGGUAAAGCAGAGUAGAAGACAUGUCUUGCCUCAUUUGUAAUGUUUUGGCACUAUUAAGCAUGGAAGCUAAUUGAAGCAAUUGAAUUAACUAAUAAUGUUAGGAUCAAGUGUUAAAGCGUUAAUCUGAUUAGCCAAGAAUGAUUUUCUCUGGUGCUGUUAACUUAAAAUUUUUAACGGAUGCAGUAUUUUAAGUCGGAGUAAAAGAAUAGUUUAAAGGCUAGAGUUUGCUGUCUCAAUGUUCCAGCUAACUGGUCGCAAUAUGAAGGAAUACCAGGCAUCAGCAAUACAUAGGACCAUGAAGGGAUACAGU